AUGGUUCGCCUAACCACCAUCCUCACCAUGGUGGCCACAGCGUCCGGCCUCGCCUCAGCCCAGGUCGACCAGGUUGUCGACGGCCACACGUUCGUCACCUCAGGGCCCGCAAUCGCAGCGCAUUGGCACGAGUACUGGUUCAACACAUCGGCGACCGCCCUGCACACGCUCAAGACCCUACUGGGACCCCAAGCCCUGAAGGAUCUGCUGAAGCCCGAAAUCGAAAAGGGAGACGUCUUUUGGCGCGACAUUGUCGCCCGCUCCUCGGGCAAGGAGUGGAAGGCGGCCAGCGGACGGACGGUGGCGUUCCUGCCCAACGUUACGGCUCAGGCCUUCGCCGCGUGGUUCGCAAGCCCGCUUGCCGACCUGGCCAACAACGAUGCAAACGCCGAGCACUAUUACAAAGAGACGGUGGCGGACCCUGCCACCGGCGCCCUGUCGUCCGAGAUUAUCGAGGGCUGGGGCGGCGUCGUCACCCACUUUACGAUCCCCAACUUCAAGCAGGUGAAUCAGCACAACUACGACAUGCUCGACGAGCUGCCCGACUUCCCAAUCCAGUUCGCCGGCGACAAGACGCUGAUGGACGGUACCGUCUUUGGCAUCCUGCACAUUGCCGUGCGCGACAUCAAGGGCGCUGACUUCCCCGAGCACGCCGACAAGGGUUCCGGGAUCGAGAUUUACGCCGCGGUCUGGUACGGCGAUGCCUCGGAGGAAGAGCAUCUUGAGCAGGAGAGGCAGCACAUGAUCAUUGAGGAGAUCAACCUGUCGCGCCAGGCCCAAAAGGACAUUGUCGCAGGUCUGCUGCCGAUAACUAACCGGGCUUAA